AGAGUCGCCCUUUCCCUCCUGCUGCUUAGCAACACCAAACACAUGGUCUUGAUCCUGUGAUAUGAUGUCGUCAUCAAAGCUGCAGUAUGAACACCUCGAUCAGCAGGACCACUCCAUCCGUCUUUUGCGCCUGCUCCCAGGACGAUGGCUCGACAACAUCUACUGCGAGCUGCAAACCGUCUCGCUCGACGACAGCCCCGCAUACCACGCUCUUUCCUACGUCUGGGGCAACCCCCAAGACACAGGCCUCAUCACCGUGGAUGGUUCACCAUUCCAAGCCACCAAGAACCUGAUCACUGCCCUGCGGCGGCUGAGAUCCAGUAUCGACGUCAAGGUGUUCUGGGUGGACGCCGUGUGCAUCAACCAGCUAGACACGAACGAGAAGACAAGUCAGCUAGGGCUGAUGGCUAGAAUAUACAAGAGUGCAGCAGACGUACAGGUUUUCUUGGGCGAGAGUGGUGUUCUCGACCUCAUACCGCACGAGCAACAGGGGCUGUGGGAUGAUCCGCCGCGGACGCACUGGGUUCGGGAUGCCACUAUGUUAAUUCACACAGAGCAUCCGCCGCAUAAAGACGGGUUGGACUCUCGAGGUGUCAUAAUCGACUGGGGAACAUACCUCCGUUUGCCAAGCUCACCGGAACAACCUGGCUAUAAACCCGCCUCGAGAGAGGUCCCUAUGUGGGCUAUAUUGGAUCCAUCAAAUGGCCUGAAUGCCGCAGAUCAGCACAGGGUUGACCAGUUCUUCACGAGACAGCAGGAUCCCAUGCAUGGCCGCGAUCAAGAGCUGCCACCGCUCGAAAGGUUACGCCAUAACCAGUCUGGUGCCUUUGCCAUGAUGAAGAUGCUCUCAAAUGGGAGAUGUCUGAAGGUGUGUUGCCAGGGCCCUUUGGACUCAUCAGCCUGGCAAGGGGCUCUCAAUGUAAUUGCCCAUCUCGUCAGCCUACCGUGGUGGUCACGAGCUUGGGUCUUGCAAGAAGCCAUCUUACACCAACGGGAUGUCCUCGCCAUCUACGGCGAGAUCGUCGUUCCCAUGGGUCUUAUUGAAGAUUCCGGAGCCGUUCUUCCACGCCACUAUGCACGCGGUGAUUGCUGCAAGCGCUUUUGGAACUCGCUGCCUCAGGCCCAGAAAGCAACCCUCGAAAAGUUUGCCAACACCAUGGGCCAGCUAGAGGGUAUCAGACAGACAUUGAACAUGCUGAAGAUGAAGCAAAUUGAAAUGCUCAAAUAUCUGAUAGACAAGACGCGUUUUAAAGAGGCUACCGACCCGCGCGACAAGAUUUACGGCCUGUUGGGCCUUCUCAGCAACUGCGAUGAACCCAUCGACCUGGUUCCUGAUUACCACCUCUCCGCAAACGACCUCUACACCAAGGUGGCAAUGCAAAUGAUCAGCUACACCAGAAGCCUCUCCAUUCUCCACCACCACGAGUUUCGCUCCUCCGCUUUGUGUUCAGAGUUACCAUCAUGGGUGCCAUGCUGGGGCCCAACCUACGGCUCUCUCACCCCCUUUCAAAUCGGAGAACGCACUGCCAACUUCUUGGCUUGCCCCCCUGGGCCAGACAGGAUCCCUCAUCUUGCCAACGACACUCCUUGCCCCAAUGCUUUGGUUGUGCAAGGGAGAUUCAUCUCGAAAGUCUCUGCCGUCACGACUCCCGCUUCCAAAGAAACGACAAGUUUAUUCAUAGACUUGCUGACCUUCCUCCAGACUUUCUUCGACAUUGACCCGUUCUCUCUCCACCCAAUAACCCAAGAACCAGAAGAGGAUGCGCUAGCCCGCACGCUUCUGUCGGACCAAGUCUUUGAGGUACGAUAUGAGUUCAAGGCUGGGCAAGUAGUGUUCAGCAGAGCCUACGCUGGGGAUAUCCAGAUGUUUCGUCUCGCUCGUCAGAUCUUGAUGGCGCAGAAGAUGGGACAGACUUUGGUGCUCAUCUUGCCGAACGGCACGGUCAUGGAUGACGAGGCAAAGGCGCAUGUGGUGAUGCAUGCCGAGGAGAACUUCUGGUGUGCCAAUGAGGGGAGGGUGUUUUUCCGAACAGAAGAGGGCCAUUUUGGGUCUGGGCCGAGGGAAACAAAUGUGGGGGAUGAGGUUUGGGUUGUGUUGGGGAGUUUGGUGCCUCUGGUUUUGAGAAGGGCAACAGAGGGGGAGGAGGGUAGAAGGCUGGUGGGCUAUGCAUAUGUUCAUGGGAUUAUGGACGGGGAGGCUGCGCCUGGGGUGAAUGGGGAGGGGAAGAGGGAGGUAUAUUUGGUGUAG